AUCUGAAAGGAUCGGGGAAGAUUUCACGUCCCCACCGUUUAGUGCCGCCUAAGCUGGGUUCCUCGUUUCCGGCAGUAGAUCACAGAUAACAAAUGUGCAGUAGCGAAGAUGGCGUCGUGAGCGGGACAUCACUCGGGGUGUACGCAAUUCCCAACUACGGGUUUCCCCGUAUGCCUAUAGGUAGGAGUAGUGGUAGGCCCGACACGAGGCCAGUCCAGACGGUGAACUCCGCACACUGCUCGCUGCUGUCAGGCGGAAGCUGGGACCAGAACAAAUGCGGUCACCACAUUUACGGCAACGGAAGGCACAUCGCGUCUCGGCAUUUCCCCAGCAUUCAGAACCUAUCCCACUUCCUCAACACUUGCAUCAAGGUGCAGAUCAGCGCAGCGCAGUACAAGGACGGVGGCAACUUCAACAACGGUCACAGCAACCCCAGGGCCUGCAUCCUCGUCAAGACGGCAGGGAGCUUCGCCUAAAACCCAGCUACAUGUAGAAGUAAGCGUAGGGCUGUUGUGUAAUCUGCUGAUCAUAGUGGACAAAAAAUCCGCGUAAUCUCCUCCRUUUAGGACGCACAAAGCAGGUGCCACGAGACCACAGAUAAAAUGACAAAUGCGAAUAGAAGGCCGUCAUGAUAACGGCUGCAAACGGUGUACUAGGGACUAGAUCUACAUGCCUAGACUGUGGUGAAGAUUUUUGUCGGCUGUUCUUGGACCAACUUUAAGGUUAAACCCGUUCCGUCAGUAAAACUACGGGAACGGAUUAAAGGACAAGGUCAGUGCGUUUUGCAGCCAACUCUGAUGAUGUCCUUUCUUUUGUGGUUCUCGAAAUCGCUUUUUGAGCAUGGCCUAAAUAUGCAUGCCUUACAAUUCUGUUUGGCUUGAGAAUCAACACACCGUAUCUUC